AUGCAUCUGGUCCUCAACUUGGCGCUCUUCCUUUUCUUUGGUGAGUUGGUGAGAUGGGUCUUACUUGGAUUGUUGUUUUACGACUUUGUUUUUUUCUUUGAUAAAACAUUUUGGAGAAAGUUCCUUAUUCUGGCCACAACAAAGGUACUCUGCGAACUGCGCCCAAGCCUAGGAACUAAAGUUGGGAAGAAAAGCUCCGUCCUAGCUGGUACUGAAUUACUAUAGUAGCUCUAUAGUUUUAAAGUACCUACAAAGGCUAUAACGGCUCAUUUUGCUCUACACGGGGGCAAUAAGUUUAGUUCCAGACAGGUUUCAUCGUAUAAAGUGUAAAAUCGCAGGCUGCAGCCGUUUUUGAAGGUUAAGGUGGUACGUAAAAAAGCAGGUACCCGACUAACUAAAUCCACUAUAGGCAUUGACAACGACGAAUGGAGCCUGCACGCCAAAUUUGGGCUAAUUCUGACCAGUUUCCGCAACGUUAUAAGUUGUGGCCAGAAAAAGGAAGUUUUACCAACAUUGGCACCUUGUCUCUCCGUACUUACAAUCAUUUUACAUUCUUUUUUUACUUUGCAGCUUCCGUCACCAACUCCAUUAGAUGCUAUACAUGCAACGAGGAUGCAUCUCGCAGAGGUACGGACUGUGUGAAAUCUAAGAUCACUAUAAAGGAUUGCGGCAACGACAAUGGUUGCAUUAAGGGAUUGUUGAAGCUUGAGUCCCUUGAAAUACGAUACAAAAAAUGCGCUCCUGUAGGUUUUUUAUUCCGACAUUUUAUAGAAACCCAGGGGCCUGUUUCAUCAACGAAAAAUAAAUAAAAUAAACGAAAGGGAAAGCGAGAGAACACCCAAAACACGUUUCGAAGCGAGAGAGUCGCGACAGAUUAGUAUAGACCAUCUAUAGAGCGGCGCAUUUAUCACGGCGAUCGGAGUGACUUUUUACGUCCAAAACGGGGGGUUCUCAGCGGUAAUCAGUGGAUAACUCGGCUCCCGGUGGUCGUAGAAUCACCCUUCCAAAAACCAAAUAAAGCUAUUCCCUAGAGCUACGUGAUAUCCAAAUUUCAUAUUUAUACUUCAAAAAAUGAACUCAGUAGACACCUAGUAGAUCGUAGUAUUCAACUUUUUUGACGUUUUUUUCUGAAAAACGUUAUUAUUUCAGUCAAUUUUUAACAUAAUGGGAUAAAAUUGGUACCUGUCGAUAGCCAAACGUUUACUCUACAAAACUUUUUUAGAGGGGCGGUUUUCAAAAAAUGAACUCGGUAGACACCUAGUAGAUCACAGUAUUUACGCUUUUUUUACGUUUUUUCGGGAAAAAACUUUGUUUUUCACUCAGUCUUUAACAUAAUGGGAUAAAAUUAGUACCAGUCGAUAGCCCAACGUCUAAUCUAUAAAAAAUUUUUAGAUGGGCGGCUUCUUUUGCCCUGUGGCCUGCGAAACGUCUAUGUUUACUGUCAUGAACCACCGUUUUUGACACAAAAAACCAUCGCGUUUCGAGGGCGCCCUUUUCCUCUCUUUUGUUUUUUCGGAAACGAUCGAAGGACUUUUUACGCAAAUAGAAGACAUCGUCUCACGAAAUUGAACGUUUCGCAGGCCACAGGGCAAAAGAAGCCGCCCCUCUAAAAAUUUUUUAUAGAUUAGACGUUGGGCUAUCGACUGGUACUAAUUUUAUCCCAUUAUGUUAAAGACUGAGUGAAAAACAAAGGUUUUUUUCGAAAAAACGUAAAAAAAGCGUAAAUACUGUGAUCUACUAGGUGUCUACCGAGUUCAUUUUUUGAAAACCGCCCCUCUAAAAAAGUUUUGUAGAGUAAACGUUUGGCUAUCGACAGGUACCAAUUUUAUCCCAUUAUGUUAAAAAUUGACUGAAAUAAUAACGUUUUUCAGAAAAAAACGUCAAAAAAGUUGAAUACUACGAUCUACUAGGUGUCUACUGAGUUCAUUUUUUGAAGUAUAAAUAUGAAAUUUGGAUAUCACGUAGCUCUAGGGAAUAGCUUUAUUUGGUUUUUGGAAGGGUGAUUCUACGACCACCGGGAGCCGAGUUAUCCACUGAUUACUGCUGAGAACCCCCCGUUUUGGACGUAAAAAGUCACUCCGAUCGCUGUGAUAAAUGCGCCGCUCUAUAGAUGGUCUCUACUAAUCUGUCGCGACUCUCUCGCUUCGAAACGUGUUUUGGGUGUUCUCUCGCUUUCCCUUUCGUUUAUUUUAUUUAUUUUUCGUUGAUGAAACAGGCCCCAGAGUUCUCUAUUUUCUUUACUGACUUCAUUGCUUUCAGAACAAAAUAAAUGAAGACAAAUGUACCGAUCGUAGCUACAACGGGUUCGAGUGCAGCUGCAGAGGAGAUUUGUGUAACAACUCGCCUGGAGAUUCCUCGUCCCUCAUCGUAAUCGUCACUCUUCUUGUUUUCUUUAUGAUUUUUUGA